CGAGCUAAUAAUGACCACCCAAUUGCGGACCUCUAUAACUGCCCAUUCCACACCUUCCCCUAUUCUCUCUCUCUCUCUCUGUCUCUCAUCAUCGUCAAAAUCAUCUUCGUCCUUUUUCUCUCUAAAAAUACUCUCUCUCUCUCUCUCUCUCCCUAUCCUGAAAGACACUUCUCCUACCCCCCUCUGUCUGUCUCUCUCUCUCACAUCCUCAAAAUCAUAUCGUUCCACACAGUCUCUCUCUAAAACUUCAACCAUGCCGGCAACGGACAACCAGGGCUCGUUCCUCAACCGAAUUAGCAUCCGCCGAAACCAGGUGGUUUCGAUGGACGUCAAUCACGAGCAAGAGCUCGAAGAUCUCGAACUCUUCCAGAAACACGUCGUCGAUCGCUUCUCCGAUCUAGUCACUACUCAACCACCACCACCCACCGCCGCUGAUUCCUCCCCGGACUCCGCCUUGAUGCCCGCGGACACCCUCCUCUCCAUCGCCUGGUUCCGGAAACUCCUCGACGCCUUCCUCUGCUGCGAAGCCGAAUUCAAGGCGGUUCUCAUCAUGGGCCGCGAUCCGACCCAAUUCGCCAAACCUCCCUUGGACCGCCUCAUCCCCGAACUCCUGGACCGGACCGUCAAAGCCCUAGACGUCUGCAAUGCAAUCACUCACGGCGUCGAGCUCGUGUGCCACUGGCAGAAGCUGGCUCAAAUCGGCGUCACGGCUCUCGAGCAACGACCAAUUGGAGAAGGACACGUCAGGCGCGCCAAAAAGUCUCUCAACACGCUCCUUACUUCCAUGACUUUUGAUGACAAAGAGAACAAUAGCCACGGCGGCAAGUCGACGGAGCGAUCAUGGUCGUUCGGUCGGCGCGGCGGUGGAGCCUCCGUGAACAAGGACCGAACCGCCGGAACCUUCCGGUCCCUGUCGUGGACCGUCGCGAAAUCGUGGUCCGCUUCGAAACAGAUCCAAGCCAUGUCCUCCAAUCUCGUCGCGCCACGUGGCGGCGAACCGACCGGUCUGGCCCUGCCGGUCUAUAUAAUGAGCACGGUUCUGGUUUUUGUGAUGUGGGCUUUGGUGGCGGCGAUUCCGUGUCAGGAGAGGACUGGGCUUGCGACCCAUUUUCCGGUCCCGAGGCAGUUGGUCUGGGCCCAAGCCAUGAUUGGGCUUCAGGAGAAGAUUGGGGAGGAGUGGAAGAAGAAGGAGAAGAAGGGGACUUGUGGGUUGUUGGAGGAGAUUCAGAGGAUGGAGAAAGUGUCACAGUCUUUGGUCGAUUUCGCGGACAAUUUUCAGUUCCCGGCGGAGGCGGAGAAGGUGGAGGAGGUGGCGGCGCAGGUGACCGAGCUGGCGGAGAUUUGUCAGAAAAUGGAUGAAUUGGUGCCACUUCAGCAACAAGUGAGGGAGGUGUUUCAUAGGAUUGUGAGGAGCAGGGCUGAGGUUCUUGAUGUUCUUGAUCAAGUUGGCAAAAUGUCUACACCAGUUCUCUAUUGAGAGAGAUCAUUCAAAUAGCAAUAAUUGGGUUGUACAUGUGUUUUUGGAGUCACAACAGAGACUAAUGGGUCUGAAUUUUUGGAAAAAAUUAUAAGCGCACAGAAUCUGAAUAUAAAAUUAGGCACAAUUAUAGAGUUUGUCCAGUUUUGUGAUCAGAUUCUAUGUAUAGAAUAGUUGAAAUUUUUCUCAAGUGGGCAUUAACCCGUUUUGGGGUAUAUAAUGUAUUUGUAAUGUUUCUAGGUCUAAUGUUUCAUGGAUACAUUAGAGCCUAUGUAGCAUUGGUGAUGGGUCUGUCUUAGAGAAUUAGAGCUUAAGCCACUAAGGUGGUUUUGAAGCAUUCACUGCUAUUUUUUGUUUUUAUUUUAUUUUUGUGACAUCUACAUACUUUUUAUUAUUGUUUUUUUUUGUUGUCUAUUGUAUUUUGUUAAAAGCAUAAGCUUUUUUUCCCCCUUCAUUUGAAAAGAAAUGUAUAUAGCUAUUUUUAUUU